AAUGUGGGUGCUGGAGUGCAGACCAGGCUUUCGAAUUGUACUUGGAGUUUGGAGUACCCGCCCAUAAAAAUAUGGCAGGAAACUGUUUCGGUAUUGAAGUUGCGUUUAACAAGCCCAAGGUGGAGCUGCAUGUUCACCUUGAUGGUUCUAUUAGACCAGAAACCAUUCUGGAUGUUGCGAAGAAACGGGGACUGGCGCUGAGCACGGACACCGCUGAGGACAUGGCUCACCUCUGUAUGCUGCACAAGCCUGCCUCCCUCACAGAAUUCCUCUGCAAGUUUGAGCACUACAUGCACGUGAUCGCGGGCGACAGGGAGGCAAUUCAAAGAGUAGCUUAUGAGUUUUUGGAGACAAAAGCCAAGGAGGGAGUGCUAUAUGUGGAAGUUAGGUACAGUCCACACCUUCUGGCUAACACUAAAGUGGACCCUAUACCAUGGAACCAAAAAGAAGGCGAUCUGUCUCCUGAUGAAGUGGUGAACCUAGUCAACCAGGGCCUGAAAGCAGGAGAGCGGGCCUUCAAAAUAAAAGCCAGGUCUAUUCUCUGCUGCAUCCGUAACAUGCCAGACUGGUCCAUGGAGGUGGUAGAGCUGUGUAAGAAGUAUCGGCACAGCGGGGUGGUGGCCAUCGACCUGGCAGGAGACGAGUCUCUGGACUGUGAGGCCUAUCCCGGCCACAAGAAGGCCUUUGAGGAAGCGGUCAGAAGCGGGGUGCACAGGACCGUCCAUGCAGGAGAAGUGGGCCCGCCAUCAGUGGUGAAGGAGGCAGUAGAAGUCUUGAAAGCUGAAAGAAUCGGACAUGGCUAUCGCAGUUUGGAGGACCAGGCUCUCUACCAGCAGCUUCUUAAAAGGAAUAUGCAUUUUGAGGUUUGUCCAGUAUCCAGCAAAUUGACAGGUGCCUGUGACCCAGAUUUCACUACACACCCCCUCAUUCGGUUUAAAGCAGACAAGGCCAACUACUCUUUGAACACGGAUGACCCUUUGAUAUUCAACAACACCUUAGACAUGGACUAUUCAAUCACACAGAAAUACAUGGGCUUCACAGAAGAGGAAUUCAAGAGGCUUAACAUAAAUGCUGCAAAUUCCAGUUUUCUGCCAGAGAAAGAGAAGAAGGACCUACUUAAUCGUCUGUUUGAUGUUUAUGGAAUGACAGAGCCAGUCAUUGAAGGAAAUUCUGAAAACCUGAAAACUACCCAACUAAGAUUAUGUCCAAACAAAUGCGUUCAGUAGCUCUUUACUGUAAACGGAAGACUGUACAGCCUACAUUUCCCACAACCACAUUUUUCCAAAUGAUUUCUGGCAUAGUCAGCAGAGAUGCCCCUACCCUCUGAAGGAUACAAAUCCCUUCAUACAUUUAAUUGAGCUUUGGUAGUAUUUAUGGUAAGAAAUGCACUUCAUUUUUUAUCCAAGCACUGCAUGACACAUCGUUCUAAAAAUGUACUAAUCUAGACAGCCGAAGAAUAUUGUAUGUGUAAAUAUUCUCACAUGCGCUCUGUGUUCCCACGGUGUAGAAUAUUAUAUAUUAAUUUAUAUAUUUGAAGCAUGUUUUAUACACUGCAGGUGCCACACUUGCACAAUAGAUGGCACACUUUUCAAAGCUAAAAGGGUCAGGAUAAUGAUAAUUUUUUUGCCUGGACAAUUAGCUAAAUGUAUAUGGUAUAUGAUAAUUUAAUAUACAGUACUGUGCAAAAGUAUUGUACAAACAAUCCAAAAAGCAAAGAUGCUCUAAAAAAAGAAUGUAAAAAUAUUAUUUAAAAAUAAUAUGUACAUUAUGAAAUGUACUAUAAAGAGCAGAGUUUAAAAUAAGUCAAAUCAAUAUUAAUGGUGAACUCCCAUCGCCUUUAAAACUGCAUCAGUUCUCUUGGGUGCACUUCUGCAGUCGUAUACUGUAGUUAUUCCAAACAUAUUGGAAGACUUGCCAUAGUUCUUCUCCAGGUUUGGCUGCCUGGCUUGUAUCUGGGUCUCCAGAUAAUCCCAGACCUCAAUCAUCCUUUUAUCAGAGAAGUGGUCUGUUGCUUAAUACAGUAUGUUACUUUAUUUAACAAAAUGGAAGCAUUUCACAAACAUUUAAUCUUUUGGAAAUGUAAUAUUUGGAAAUCUCAAAUGUGCUCUUUUGUACUGACUAAUGUCAUAAAUCUAAAAAUAUCAAAGACCAUUUAUGUUUUAAAACAUUUGCACAGUACUGUACAUGCAAUUGUGGUAUUUUGUAUGUUCUUUUGGUUACUUACAUUUCUAAAAAUCAGGAAGGUAUUUUGCAUCAUGCUUGUCAUUAUACACUUCGAAUGUGAAGUAAAUGUGCAUCUUACACAGUUCAAUAUUGCCACAAAAUGGGAUCAAUCCAACACCCCUUAAGUACUAUGGGUUGACCACAAUAAGUUGUUUUAACCACUGUUGCCACAGUUUAUUUGAUACAUGCAAGCAUCCCUGAAUUGUGAUGGUAUUAUAUGAUGGAACAAGUAUUACAUUUGAGUUUUAUGUAUUACAUAGGAAUAUUUAUAUGUCAUUAUAAUGCGCACAGUAUUGCCAUGGAUGUGUUGAUCUUUUUUCAUAUGUACAUUUUAGUCAUUUAGCAGAUGCUUUUCAUCCAGAGUGAUUUUAAUCUGAUAAUAUUUUCAAGCUUUCAGAAGAAGAUUUAACAAAAUAUUGUGAGCUGAGAAUCAGUAGGUUCUAUCUGCGCUCUGAAAAGUUUUGAGACGUUGAGCUUCAAAUUCAUUCACAUUUUUGUCAAAAAUGUCAGUUAGAACCAGCUCACGAUAUUUAUGAACUGAAAUGAAAUUUUAAAAAAUAAAAGAAACCGCACCCAAUGUGGGGCUGUACUCAAUUCCCACCAUAA